AUAGUGGCUUUCAUCCUUGCCCUUAAUGCCGUAUCGGAGCAGGAUGAUAGUAGAUUAACCCGUGGUCACGACGACAUUUUAACCCGUUACUCAGCCAUAGAACACAUAAUUAUAAAAGACAUGGCGAAGUCAGAGAAAUGGUAUAGUGAAGGACUGUUGUUUUUCAAUGCAUCGUUGAUACUAGUAUCAGUGGCGCCCUUACAAUCAAGUGCAAGGACCAACUCGUUAGUGUCUUACAGAGAAGCAUUAGAAAAAACACGUGAAGUUCAGAAAUCUCUUGCAGCCCGAAAUUCACACACCGAUUCAAGAUUCUUCGAACGCCAUCGACAUCCUGGACGCCACGUGUGCGCCCGUAGUCAUGUUGUCAACACACCUGUAAGGCAUAUGGAGUCUUACCGAAAACCUGUGUAUAAACGUCAUAGACAUGCCUGUGACGUCAAACCAGAUCAGACAUGCACAUCCUACAGAGUAGCAUAUGUAACAUCCUACCGUUCUGUCUACAAAACUACCUCUCACACGGAGACUGUGUAUCAAUGUUGCCCAGGAUGGACUCGUAGUUCUCCACAUGCACGUGACUGUAUGGAAGCUAUCUGUUCGCCUCAAUGUAAAAAUGGAGGGAUUUGUACGAAACCAAAUCAGUGUUCUUGUACACCCGGCUGGACCGGAUACGCUUGUGAAACAGACAUCGACGAAUGCCUGAAGAAGGAUGAAAAGUGUGCACAGAGAUGUAUAAACAUCCCGGGAAGCUACAGCUGCGAAUGUCAUAAAGGAUUUACUUUACAGAACGACGGAAAGUCUUGUAAAAUAAGUCUUCACAACGAUCCAGACUACCACAGAUUUAUUCUUGGCUAUGAGGAAUUGAACCAGAGAGUUGUCGUGUUAGAAAAG